UCUGUGGUCACGGCACUGGGUAUGCUAUGAUAUAUCAGUGGAGUAUCAGUGAAACCGGAGUCUGCGGUGUGCUGUCCAAUCGAGAAAUCCGCCUGACACCUGUUUAACACUUGAUGGCAGGAUUGUGUACUUACUCGCAGAGUAGAAAAUUCGUUUCAAGGAGACUCCGAUUUUACGAUACAGUAAAAACCUGAUCAACAGUAACCGCGUUUCGUGACUCGUUAGCGCGAACACGGUUCGAACGUUUUUUGAGUGUGUGAAAAAGCCUUCGAAGAAUAGAACCAGACGAAGAGAAUUAAAGAUAUAAGAUACGUAAUAUCGCGAAGGAAUAUUCCGUUCAAUUUGGCUAAUUAAUACUUGCGUCAAUCAUGCUGUCGCACAAUAUACUCAUCAACACAGGCAACAUUCUAUCCCUGAACGAAGUGAAGAAAAAGGCAGGGCAGAAUCCUAGUGACGAGCUUAUCGAAACGCUGAAAAUUACCCUGGCGGAUUUCGAGAUUCCGGAUGACGCUUCUACCAAGAUAAUCGGACGCGAUGAUGCCAGUGUAAAAGACCUAGACAGAAAAGAAUUAAAGAUCACUGUUAAAGUUUUCAUUUCAUCCCCAAAAAGCGAGUCCUUGAAAGAGGCACUCGAUCAAGUGCUCAACAUUCUACAAACUGAUUCGAUUGAGGCGCUGGUUAUAGCAUAUAGCAAGCCCGAAAGUACAGACGAUAUACUUACUUCGCUUCAAUCCCUUUGGAUUGUGAUUGAGGAAUACAUCAAGCUUGGCAAAUUAUCUUCUGUUGGAGUCAGUGACGUUGAUACCGACGUCUUUGUACAACUUUUCCAAUGGGCAAAUACAAAGCCUAAUAUCGUUCAAAUAAACCUGGCUACAUGUUGCGUCGUCCCCCCAGCUCUACAAGUUUUCACCAAAGAGAAUGAUGUUCAGUUAUUGACUCACAGUGAUCCACAUCAAAUCUUGCCCAAAGCUGCCUUGAAUGACGUGUUUGGGAAAAACGUGAAUUUACAUUGGGUAACGCGGUAUCAAGUUCACGUGAAAUGCCGAGGCGUUCUUUCGACGAAAGGAUAUCUCGUCUACAUCAAUAAGCCCGGUACCCAAACGAAACGAUAGAUUCAACAUUUUAUUGUUUAACAUUUAUUUGUAUAAAUAUAUUCGAUCAAACACUUUCCUUAAAACCUGUUCGUUUUUUAACUUGAUACUUGUACUACGCGAAGGUCAUGACUCGCUUAUCAAUUUCGCAAAUCCACAUGACCCGCCCAUUUGAUGAACUCGGUAAAAUCUAAAUUUAAAUAUCCUGAGCUACUUAUAUCGCCUGAUCGCAGAUCAAUUGACAACUAGAAAUGUAACUCACCCGAGAAAGCGCCAACUUGAUAAACCUGCAGUCGCCGGUUCAAGUUUCGCCAUCCGCAACUUUUUUCAGUGUUUUAAACGGCUUCGACAUGACUCUCAUGCAAAAUUUGUCAAAUCGAUACUAAUUCAGUAAUGUUACACCGUUUUCGAUGAAAAAAAAUGCCAGUUCGGAAAAACGAAAAAGUUCUCGCGGCGAGAUUCGAACCUUCACGUAGUGUUGAUAUUUUGAAAAAUGAACAGGUCGUAAGAUCCUGAUGUAACUUAUGGGACGCUAUGUACAAUAAAUAUUAAUUACGAAAAUAAACUGUAUCUACUUAAGAACGAA